AUGCGUCUCCUACACUGCGAAAAGACUUCUCCGCAGCAGCCUAUCAACAUUUCCUUCUCCUUUUGCGGCGAUGCAACUCAAGCACGCUAUGCCAUACUAUCGCAUAGGUGGGGAAACCCCAAAGAUGAAGUCCUCUUUGCAGAUUUCAAAGAUGGAACGGCUGCGUCAAAGAAAGCUUACCCAAAAAUCCAUGGCUGCUGUACCAAGGCGCUUGAGGACGGAAUCAGCCAAGUCUGGGUUGACACCUGCUGCAUCGACCACGACAGUAGUGCUGAGCUUUCGGAAAUCAGCGCUAUGUAUUCCUACUACGCAUCAGCUAGCGUAUGCUAUGCAUAUUUGGAAGACGUCGAGAGUGGCGAAGAUCCCAAUGCGCAAGAUUCGAGCUUUAGAAAGAGUCUUUGGUUUACCAGAGGAUGGACACUGCAAGAACUCAUUGCACCCCCGACCGUUGUAUUCUUUGCCAAAGACUGGGUCGAGAUCGGCACAAAGGCCAGCUUGGCAGAUACUGUGGAAAGUAUCACUGGCAUUGAACGCAAAUUCUUCUUGGGAACUCCGCCAUUCUCGGCCAGCAUUUCGAAAAGGAUGUCAUGGGCUGCCAGGCGAGAGACUUCGAGAACAGAAGACAGAGCGUAUUGUAUCAUGGGCCUUUUCAACGUCUUCAUGCCUAUAAUGUACGGCGAGAGAGAAAACGCAUUCCUCCGGCUUCAGCAGGAAAUACUGAAGAAGUCUACCGAUCACACCAUCUUCGCUUGGGACUACGAGACAUCGAAUUACUCCGGCAUGCUCGCUACCGACCCUUCUCAGUUCCGGAAUGGUUGGAAAUUCGAGGCUAUCAAAUGGAUGGAUCUGGUGGACCUGCACCCACGACAGAAGAGCCGCGAAGAAGAAUUCAAGAGACCAAGGUCAAAUUUUGAGCUCACCAACAACGGGCUACGAAUCUGGUUACCCACAAAGUCUGACGUGAAGAUCGCCAAGACCAAUACACCCGUCCGCCGCGUAGCUCUGGGCUGCAGAGACGUCUCAAGGCCCGAUGAAAAAUGCGUGACGAUGUAUCUGGUGCGUUGGAAGGGAGAUCAAUACAUGAGGGUGAGCCCAUCUGUUGGCCUCGAUGGACAAAGGUUGAGUGCGAAUAUCGACAAGGAAGUGACUCUCAAUGAGUUUUUCCUUAUAGAUCGCUACCCUCUUGAUGAAAACGUGGGAGCAAAUACCCAGGACAUCGUGCCGAUCCUCACCAUGGAGUAUCGUCAACUGGAUGGAUUCGCAGUAGCCGAUUAUUUUCCCGAGAAUGCGUGGCUUCCAAACGAAGGUCUUGACAGCAUCUCAUUGAGUUUUUCGGAUACCAAUGACUCGUUCGGGACUCUCCAGCUCUCGAAUGAUGCAACCAAAGACGUCAUUGUCAUGCACGUCGGAUUCUCCGACGGUAAACCCUGGGCAGCUCUCGGAGUGAGCCACAUGUCGAAUUUUCAGGCAGCCGCAGAGCUCCAUCAAGCCUUUCCAGCCAAGAAUCACGUACCUGAAACGGACUGGAUCAGGAGGAAAUUACCCGGAGCUCAGAAAGAUGUUAUGCUGUCUAUGAGGCAUUUCAAUGGGGAGUCGAUCAUGAAGGGCAAGUUACGGAUUCUUUAG